UUGUAAGAAGCUGAUCGUUAAAAACUAAAAAUAAAUACAGGCGAAAGAUUUAAUGAAGAUUAUUUGUGCUAAAUCUGCCUUUUUAUGUUCAUUGUUAGUAGGAAUAUGUUGCAUACAAAGCUUGAUAAUAGGGUGUCAAGCUGGAAGGGCUAAUAGAAGUCUUGCCGUAAACCCAGGUUUUAAAGUAAAGGCAGUUAAUCUUGGUGGAUGGCUUGUUACUGAAGGAUGGAUUAAACCUUCUCUUUUUGAUGGCAUUCCUAACAAAGAAUUGCUGGAUGGAACACAAAUUCAGUUAAAAUCAGUGACAAUUGGGAAUUAUGUAUGCGCUGAGAAUGGUGGAGGGAGCAUCUUAGUUGCUAACAGAACCUCUGCAUCAGGUUGGGAAACCUUUAAGACCGAGCUAAUUAAAUUUAGUUCGGUGAAUAAGGGCUCGAUAUAUGAAGAGGUCUAAGAUUUUACAAGCUAUUGUUACAGACCAAGGAAGGAAUUUGGGUCCAAGCUUCCAAUCCCAAAAGAGCAGCCCAAGCCACGAGUCUUGCUGGGCGUGGUGUUUGCCGGGCCCAAUCAAGCGAGCAUCAUUCUAGUGCGCGUAAUUGCUGGGCUAAUAAUGGGACUUUGAUUAGAUUUGCUAUUGACAUCUUUAUCACUAGUUUUAGUUAGGCUAGGAUUUUCUUAGUUGACUUUUAAUAUGAUUCCUUUUCUUUAUAAAAGGAUAAGAGGAGUAGUAGUAGUUUUUUUGGCCGUAGGUAGUUUUAGUUUUAGGUAAAUUUAGU